GACGAUGCUGUCGACGAUACCGAUGCUGAUGACGAAGGGGACACAGUAGAAGAAGUUUCUACUUCCAUUGCAAGCAGUUCCAGAACUCGUCCGACACAAGUCUCAGCAAAGGAGCCAUCGCGGAGAAAACAACGAGCAAUGCAGGCAAUCCUUACCCAGCUGCUACUUUCAAACGUAGACGCUGUAGGCGAGGAAACUAUCAUAAAGCGUUGGGAUACUGGUCCUCUUUCUGAGAAGGAAAUCCAAGCUAUGCUCCUCGUAUAUCGAACCCUUCGCCCUUUUGUUCCUUCCACGGGAAAUACUGCGCCUAUUUCCGCCAAGCUACCGCUUGUUAUACUCGCAAAUUCGAUUUUACAUUCGGCAGGAUACGGGAAAUUUAAACAACACAUCUGUCCAGAAGUCAAGCCUGGAGCCGUACAUUCAUUUCCGAUAGACAGCGUGGCUAUUUAUCAGAUGUUCGGACCGGUAGAGACUGGAAGCCGAAGGAUCAAGUCCAUCAACGAUGCGCUAGGAAACAAGCGACAGGUUUUUCAGUCGAUAUUUAACCUGGAUCGAAUCAAUGUUUUUAUUUAUGUCUGCAGUGCAGCAAGCUGUAGAAGUUCAGGAAAUAUGUGUAGAAAUGAAGAAUAUGUAGGGGAAGCUACAAAGAAAUGUUGUGUAAAUGUAAAUGGAAACUCACUGUGUACCCAACACGGUUUAUCGUUCCGCGAUCGUAUCACCUACGAUCCUUUGGGCAUCGCUGUAAUCACUGAGUCCUGUCUCCCCGAAAAGCGCCGGCCAGUGUCGACUUAUGAAGAACGGAAAAAGCUUCCUAGCGAAGAAACCCAUCGACCGACCUACACGCAGUCAAUGCUCGAAAAGGUGAUCAGUUAUUGUGAAGCGAGAAUCAAAUCGCUCGAAAGCCGUAUCCGGUCAUCACAGAAAAAUGCAAAGACUUUGAAGAGCAAGGUUGUUGAAACAGUGUACCCUUGUGGCAGCAGAAAACAAGCAAGCGCAUACCGAAACUCACAAGGCUGCCAAAACUCCAUACAACGAUGCGCUCACAGCCUAUCAAUCGGAUGAAGACUUAUCUCUCCAACGAACGAGCUAGCAAGUAUAGCGCACGAAAAACUUUGCAAGAUAUUGACUCGGGAAAGAACAAGAAGAGAAAGAAGGGGAAAGCUAAAGAUGUGCCACCACCGUCCGAUACAUGUCCAACUGUGCGAAAGCCAGGGUGUGAGAAUUCAGCGGCACACAUGAAGCCCGACCAACUCCCUUCCGACAAGCUCUCAUUCGCUGGAACGGAUUAUGGCAUUGUGACUCUUGCCACGACUAUGGCUGUCGGACAAAAGCAACACGCGUUUCAUCUCAAGCUUUUCAACCACUAUGAAAUUCUGGAAGAAGAAAAGCCGGACCUAGAGAUUGACGACCAAGA